CUUAUCUUUGGGGUGGUGCACUCAAGUGGUCUCAGUUAUGCAGAGGGUCCUGACUGAGAUAUAAGCGCUUAAAUAGAAGGUCACAGAUGACCCUCAAAUUCCUUAAUCACAAGACACCUUUAGGCUUAUCACAGCUCCCGGUCAGCUCCACCUUCCAGAGCUGGAAGAAAUCAUUUAGCCGGAAUGGGGAGGAGCAUGCUGGAUGUCAUCUCUGGUGCUCUCGGCGACUGGCAGGGCAGAGGUGUCAGCAGAACACAGGAGCAUGAAACACCACACUGUCGCCCAUUUUGCACUCUCAGUUUUGUGACAAAAAAGCUUGAUGGUAAAUGAAGAUCUACAUUUCGGCAACCUGAGACCAUGAAUGUGGGCCGAGAAGAUGGGAAAUGUUGUGCGUGGUGCCGUGGCCUUCAUGCCCUCCGAGAGAUGUCAACGCUUCUUAGUAGGCGACUUGAAGGAAAUGCCACUUGAUCGUACUCUAGACCUGAGUAGCCGGCAGUUACGUCGCUUUCCCAUCAGAGCUUCUGCUUUCAAUGAACUAGUCAAACUCUAUCUGAGUGACAACCACCUGAGCAACCUGCCAUCAGAGCUGCGAAACCUACAGAAGCUCCAGCUUCUAGCCUUGGACUUUAACUGUUUCGAGGAGCUUCCUCUGGUUGUAUGCAGCCUCGUUCAGCUUAACAUCCUCUACCUCGGUAAUAACCGACUGUACUGGCUGCCAAAGGAACUGCAGCAACUCACCGAGCUUAAAACCUUGUGGCUGGAGACCAACUGCUUCUCCAAGUUCCCUCGAGUAAUAUGCGAGCUUCCCAACAUCAAGACCCUUCAUUUGGGUUACAAUCAGCUACGUAGUUUACCCUCAGAGCUCGGGCGACUGGAGGAGCUGCGCAGCAUCUGGCUAGCAGGCAACUUGCUAAAUGACUUCCCUCCUGUGCUGCUGAAGAUGCAUUACUUGGAGGUGAUUGAUGUGGACCGCAAUCGCAUUCGCCAGUUUCCGUCGCUCGCAUACUUAAGAGGCUUGAAGCUUGUCAUCUACGACCACAAUCCCUGCGUUAACGCACCCGUGGUGGCUGAGGGCGUGAGACGGGUAGGCCGCUGGGCUGACAGCUCUGAUGAUGAGGAAGAUGAGGGUGAUGGAAAGGUUGCCAAAGCAAGCAUGAAUGUCCAGGGAUCAGUGGAAGACAACGAGUGAAGAAGAUCUGUGAGGAACCCUAGAGCAAACAGCUAUAUACAAAGAGCAUCAUGAUACUGAUGAGGAAAACUGCUGAAAUACUGAGAUGCUUGUGAAAAGCGACAAUUAUUGCUCUACAAAUGUAGUAUCUUUUAUAGCUAUAGCAUAUAUUUUAUAGUACAUUUUUGAAAUUAUUUAAUUGUAAUUAAUAUAAUUAAUUAUAUUCAUAAUAAACAAUUAGGACAUAUAUUAGAUAUUAGAAUUAAAGUAUUUAUAUUUAUGAAUUUAAAUAUAUUGAACAUUUAUAGUAAUUUACACCUAUUUUUUUUCUGCCAUUUGUAACACAAAUAUUUAAAUUAAAGGCAAUCAGCUUUCUUGAUAUGAAAUGUGCCAAAGUGA